GUUAGAAUAUGACUCGGCGCUAAAGCCGACCUGGUCCCGAAAAGAGUAUAUAAGGAGAGUGCCUUCCUUAAGAGGGCAUGAUAGUGCUACUUGACUUAUCACAGACGGACAGCUUGUGAUACUUCAACUAUCAUCAACCUACCGGUAAUAGGUAAUAUCUGACUUUCAUACUCUAGAACAAUUGUAUCUCUUGACUUCUGAUUUCUGGUCGUGUCAUACUGAGACAAAUACCCUGCACACUCCUCGUGCUGAAUAAAUCAACCUCCUAACCGAGGUGGAUGAAUAGCAACAGUGAUGUUAUAAGUUUUUUUUGUCUCGAACCAUUCUCUUCACUAAUCAGUAAAUCAUAGUACAAACUUCUAGUAGGAGAAACAGAUACUAAGUGAUUGGAUAAGCCUCUGGAGAAAUUGUGAGUGGAAGAACAUACUCUUUGGGGACCAACCAGGUCAACCUGCGCUAAGAGCAACGGUGAGGUGAAGAGUCUACUCUUUGGGAACCCUAUAGAGCAACGGCGAGGUGAAGAGUCUACUCUUUGGGAACCCUAUAGAGCAACGGCGAGGUGAAGGGGCUACUCUUUGGGAACCCUAUAGAGCAACGGCGAGGUGAAGAGUUUACUCUUUGGGAACCCUAUAGAGCAACGGCGAGGUGAAGGGGUCUACUCUUUGGGAACCCUAUAGAGCAACAGCGAGGUGAAGAGUCUACUCUUUGAGAACCCAAUAGAGUAACGGCGAGGUGAAGAGUCUACUCUUUGGGAACCCUAUAGAGCAACAGCGAGGUGAAGAGUCUACUCUAUAAAAGCCGACCACUGGGCUUCCUGUCGUCACCAAAUUUGGCAGUGAGUGGAAACUCUAACCGGAUGCUUCACAUUUAUACAUCCGAAGCGCCGUAUAUGUCGCAAUCUAUGCGGACAGAUACCUCAGUAACUUCAUGGCUUUACCUGCGGGCAUAAAAGACACGCUGCUACGAAUCAUGUCAUCACAGGGCACGGUGACCGAUCUAAACAUCAACCAGCUGAUACAUCUUGGGACACACAAGCUGGACAUGGUGAACUGCAGAGUGUCUGACUCCGCCCUGCAACAGAUCCGCUGUCCGCAGCUCCGGACGAUCCUUCUGCGAGGCCAACCCAGCAUCACCUCAGAUGGUGUGAGGGCCCUAGCGGCCUCCUGCCCAGGCCUGCAGGUCGUGGAUCUGACCGAGUGUGCUGCAGUGACCGAUGAAGGGGUCCUGGCGCUGGCCCACGGCUGCAGUUCGCUGGAGGUCCUCUCCCUCUGGGGCUGCUCUGCUGUGGGAGACGCCGCCCUGCUGGAACUGGCAGGAAACUGCAGGCUUCUCCAUAGCCUCAAUCUCUCGGGAACCCAGGUUACAGAUGAGGGUGUCAUUGGGCUGGCUACUGCACCGUGCUCUAAUAGUUUGAAGGAACUGCAGUUGGCCCGAUGUCGUAACCUGACAGGCAAGGCCGUGAAGGCUGUCCUUACAAACUGCCCCAACGUCCGGAUCUUUACCUUCGAUGGAUGUCCUCUCAUCACUGAUCAAGAGGCCCUGCAUAACCUUUUCAGCCCAGAUAAGUUCCAACAGGUAUCAUGGACAGUGUACUGAGGGAAAAGUUACCCAUAAAUGCAGACCUAGGAACAGAUUACCCUACCCACAAUCCUUAACCUACCCAUUAGAUUAUCUGACCCUGGAUCAAGGCAUUAGGAGCAACUUGUACUUAUUCCAAGGGAGCACUGAAGAGGAUGGCAGGAGGAGGGAUGGAAAGAACACACACAAACUCCUUAAAAGCUUCUGGGACCGAAGUGACUGAACUAGGCUAAUGGUUGUUAUUUACAGUCCGCGAAAGAAAAAAACACCGGUCUCAGUAAAUCUUCGCUUUGUAGUGUGAUUAUCAUCAAUAACAGUGGUUGAAGAUCAAACCUCGAUAGUUAGUUGGAUGUGCUGCUCAGUCAAUGUUUGCAAUUUAUACACAAAAACAUUUCAUAUUUAUUCUCUAACCAUUUUUUUUUUGUAAAUGCACUUAGAACAUUCUUUUCACUGUACUUCAUUUGAGAUGUCCUUGCUGUAACCUGGUUGUAUGCACGCAGCACCCUGUCCUUGAUUUAGAAAUUGUUACUCUCUUCUCCUGUUGUAAAUAUGUAAGCACGAAAGUAGUGAUACAAUCUUACAUUUGGAAAUAAAUAAUAUGUUGGAGCCAAGUCUGUUCAGGUACACUGGGAUGCGAACUGCCUGUUUAACUAUAUGUGUAACAUGGAAAAAACAUGCUUCUCUCUCUAUCUGUUUGGGCCCUUCACAUAGUAGUAGGUUCAUUGCAUGUAUGUUAGGUAAAGGCACUUCUCAGGAAGGUAUGGGCUUCUUUGCCUUUGUACUUCUUAUGUAAAACAAAGAAGAUAAGAUGUACUUCAUUACAGAAGGUAUGCUGAUGGAAACAUGAUGCACCUGAGCUCAUUGCAAAGGGCCUGAAUACUUAUGUAAUUAAAGUACUUUUUUUUAUUUUGCAAAAUAAAAUCUGUUUACACUUUUUCA